ACACACGGGCAUGGCCGGCAGAGGUACAACAUCGAGGGAAAGGGGGUUUCCCUACGUUCUCUUGGAUUUUUCUCACCUGGGGAAAUGUAAGAAAAUGAUGCUAACGUUUAUGAGAGAGACGAGGUGGGUGAGCUAAUAUGUCUUAUUGGAUCAACUUAUGCUGGGGAAAGUGACCAGCUUUCAAGCUGUUGUUGGAUGGAUGCCGGCUAAACAGCUCCAUAUGCCAGGCCCGUGCCUGUGUUUCCCUGCAAGAACUAAGAGCUGUAGGAAUUUUGUUUGCAAUUGGCAACUCCGCCUCCUGGCUUCCUCCCAUCUCUGGGGAAAGGGCAGCUCAGCCUGUUGCUUUUGGUCUCCAGGAACACAGGAUCGAAACCAGCUCCUGAGACUCUCACGAGUCUGUUUGAGCGACGAGAGAUUCUCCAUCGCCUGCACCUUGCAGACUCAUUCACACCAGUGCAAAGUGGGUGUACUGAGCUAUUGAUCCAGAAUAGCAGCAUUCUGGACCCAUUUUGCACCGGUGUAAAUGACAGCACAACAUGGUGCAGAAUCACCCCAGUGCCUGAUCUCAGCAUAUCUCCCAGAUGCUGAGACAGUUUGGAAGGGGAACAAUUUCCCAUGUUUCUCUUUGUGCAUCAGGCAGGGGUUGAGGACGGAGAGUUCAGGGUUUCAGGUAUGUGCUGUACUUGACAGUGGGCUGAGGAAGCGGUUACCAGGCUACCCUGGGGAGAAGAGAAGAGGACCUGCAAUAGCUGCAGAUGGAAUGAUUCGCUCUGCAGCUGUGGAGAGAGAACGGGGAAAAUAACAGAAAAAAUGAGCUUGGUUAAUUUAGGAUCUUUUCCCAGUAGGGGAGGGAUUGAAUCCUGUCCCACCCCUGGCUACAGGAAACAUCUCCCUGCUCAGCCCAGACCUCUGCCUCCAUAAACCAGGAAACUCUUUAACCAUUAGAGAAAAGUCCAUCCCUUCUCUUCGUUUCAGCCCCUGAAGCAAAGUCCAGGAGAGUUUUCACCUAACAGCUGAUUUUGUUCCAGCCGCAAAGGUUGGUUCCCCCAACCCACCGGUCACUCCAGCACCAGGAAGGACGGUGCAUCAGCACAGGCUGAGUAAGGUACGUCCCCAGAUUGGUUUCCUCUAGCUUUACGCACAGGCAGUGUCAGCCCGUCCCCUGCCCCCCUCCCAAAUUCCCCUGGGGACCAGCCACCCCCACACAUGGGGGCUUCUGUUUGUGCUUCCCCUGCCUCGGGGAGCAAGGGGCGGUGAGGGAGGGGUUGUGGCCCAUUGUCUGAUUUUAUGGGGAGGCUUUUCUGGGGAACCCUUUUGUUGAAUUGUCUGAGCGAUCCCACACACGGGUGUGGCCAGCAGAGGGAUAAAAUUGAAGGAAAGGGGGCUUUUCCCACUGUCUCUGACCUUUUUUUUUUUUUACAUUUUUUUACAUGGGACAAGGUGAAAAAAGUAAGAAAAUGAUGCUAAAUGCCAGGAGACUGUUGGCCCCUCACUGAAACUUCCUGGGGUGAUUUUUUUGGUCAGCCCUUUCCUGAUACCAAAAUAAUGGGGAAAGGCUGAAGAGGAGUCAGGAUCCUGAGACUGACAGUCCCUGGGGCCGAUGGGGAGAGGGCAACGCCCCAGGUCAGUGCGCUAGAUAGUGCCCCAGGCCAAUGAGGGAGUCAGGAGCCCACGGUCCAGUGCUCUGUGUGAGCUGGGGCUGGCUGAGCCAGGGCAGGGCAGAGCUAAGGAGACGGCAGUGGCCCGGGCUGAGCUGGGGGCAGAGCAGCAGCCCUGAGCCAGAAGAUCUGGCAUUGGGGAGCUGGGGCAGCGCAGGCCAGCCAUGUGGAUGGGGAGCCAGGCCCAAGCUGCAGCUGAGAGCUGCGGCGCCAGAGCCGGGAAAGCAGAAGCCAGGAAAGUUCCCCACGACUGCAGGACCAUCCUCUGCUUACAUAACCUUUAUGAGAGAGCUGAGGUGGCUGAGCGAAUAUAUUUAUUGCUGGCCAACUUCUGUUGGGGAGAGAGACGAGCUUUCGAGCGGCUGUCGGAUGGCUGCCUGCUAAACAGCUCCACAUGUCAGGACCUCGCCUGUGUUUCCUUGCAAGAGUUAAGGGCUGGAGGAAUUUUCUUGGCAGUUUAGUGCCUCAGAGCCAGCCCCGCUUCCCAGAUUCCUCCCCUUUCUGGGGAAGGGGCUGCUCAGACUAUUGCUUUCGGUUUCCAGGAACACAGGAUCCCAAUCAGUUCCUGAGACUUUCACGGAGCUCCCUGUGAAUCAGACAGGGCUGUCUGAGCGAUGAAAGAUUCUCCAUUGCCUGCACCUUGCAAACUCAGUCACUCCCAUGAAAAGCAUAAGUACAACACUUUGACCCAGACUAGCAUCAUUCUCGACCCAUUUUGCACUGGUGUAAAUGACAACACAACAUGGUGCAGAAUCAGCCCAGUGCCUGAUCUCAGCAUAUCUCCCAAAGGGGGAGACAGCUUGGAAGGGAACAAUUUCCCAUGUUUCUCUUUAUGCACCAGGCAGGGGUUGGGGGCAGGGAGUUCGGGUUUUCAGGUAUGUGCUCUACUUGACAGUGGGCUGAGGAAGGAGUUACUAGGCUGCCCUGGGGAGAAGAGAAGAGGGCCUGCAAUGGCUGAGGAUGGAAUGAUUUGCUCCGCAGCUGUGGGGAGAGAACGGGGUUAGUCUAGGAUCUUUUCCCAGAAUGGGAGGGACCGAAUCCUGUUCCACCCCAGGCUACAAGAAACCUUUCCUUGCUCAGCCCUGACCCGUGCUCACUAAAACUGAAAACUCUUUAAUCAUUAGAGAAAAGCCAGUCCCUUCUCUUCGUUUCAGCCCCUGAAGCAAAGUCCUGGGGAGUUUCCUCCCGCAGCUGAUUUGGUUCCAGCAACUUUAUCAAAAUAAGGUCGUUUCAAGAAAGCCCUGUGGAUAUUUUCACAACUAAUUGUUUUGAAAUUUUUGUUAUAUGGGAAAUUUCAAAAAUUUGAACUUUUUGUUCUGAUUUGGGACAAAUAGAAAUUUUGAAAUGUCAGAAUUUCCUGCCGAAUGGAAAUUCUGAGUUUCAGCCAACUAGCAAACGCUGAAUGAAAUUUCCCUUUUUCCUCUUCAUCCUCUGGGCCAGAUGACAUCUUUCAAAUCUCUCAUGGAGUCUAUGGAGUCUCUCUCUGCACUCAUGAAGGACGAGAAUAUAGAGUUAGACCCAAAGGCAUUGUUCAAUGCAGCUAUACAAGUAUAUGAAAAAUUCAUGCAUCUCUUCAAAGAUGGAAGCCCUAAGGUAGCUGCUUUGGAAGCUCAGGAGGCGCUGGAGUCAUCUAUCUAUCCCUAUUAUAAUGUAAUGGCAGGCAAUUGUAUUAUGUAUAUCACUGUAACUGAAUUACUUGUGUAUGCAAAGGAAGUAGAAUGUUAACUUCAGAGCAAGGGUCAUUGUGUUCAACAAUGGAAGUUCACAACUCAGGCUGCAGCUGCUACUCAUCAAAACUCAUGUGGGUGAAGACAUUGUUCAGAUUUUCUUCUGUGAGCAGGAUCUAUAAAUAUUGGUUUGAGGAAAUGAUCCUGUAUCUCUGAACUGUUUGGACACUCACAAGGGAGCACUCCAGAUGCAAGACAGAGAUCCCCAAAAUUAUUUUGGGUACCCUGAGAGACUUAUGCAAAACUAGCAGAUUACUACAUCUCUGCUGUCAUUUUGGAUUUACAAUCUUAGACUCACCUGUUCAUGUAAUUAACCUGCUUUAACCUCUCAAUAAUGUUCAUUUCUUUUCUUAGCUAAUAAACUUUUAGUUUACUAGAGAAAUAGGCUGCCAGCGUUGUCUUUGGUGUGAGAUCGAGAGUAUCCAUUGAUGUGGGAAAGAUGGCAUUACCAAGAGGUGCUUUGGAUGGUAGAUUUCAGGAUACCGAUUUUAAUCUCUCCACUAUGCCCAAAGAGGAUCUCAAAGAGCUAAAGGCUGCUGCUGAAAGAGGGAAUCUUUCAGAAAUGGUUUCUAAAGUGCAAGAAUCCCUAGAGCAGUUGAAAAACAUGAAGCUCAACAUCGCCAUCACAGGGGAGUCGGGAUGUGGGAAAUCAUCCUUCAUCAACGCCAUGCUGGUUCUGGAUGAUGAUGACGAAUAUGCAGCCAAGGUUGGCGUGACAGAAACGACAAUGGAGCAAACUCCUUAUCCUCAUCCCAAACACCCAAAUGUUACCAUAUGGGACCUUCCGGGAAUCGGGACACCGAGUUUCCGGCCUGACAGCUACCUCCGGCAGGUCAAUUUUGCCUACUAUGAUUUUUUCAUUAUCAUUGCUUCUGAGCGGUUCAAAUCCACCCACCUUUACCUGGCCCAGGAGAUCCAAAGGAUGGGGAAGAAAUUUUACUUUGUGCGCUCCAAGGUUGACAUAGACUUGCAAAAUGAAAAAAGAAAGAAAAACUUCAGUGAGGAGACCACCCUGCAGAAAAUCAGAGACGAUUGCAUGACGAGGUUGCAGGGAGCAGGGAUGAGCUCCCCGCGGGUUUUCCUUGUCUCCAGAUGGGAGUUUGGCAAGUACGAUUCUCCCCAACUGCAGGAAACUCUGGCAGAUGAGCUUGACUCUCACAAGAGUCACGUUUUCCUUCUUUCCCUGACCAGUAUUUCCAGACCCAUCCUGGAAAGGAAAAAGAAAGCCCUGCAGGAUCAGAUCUGGAAACACGCCCUGGUAUCCUGCAUCAUUUCUGCACUUCCUGUUCCAGGUCUUUCUUUUGCUUGUGAUGUUUGUCUAUUGAGGCACUGCAUGGCAAGUUACCGCAAGAACUUUGGUUUGGAUGAUGACUCCCUGGUUAAGCUUUCCAAGAUGGUUGGGAAGCCCUUCGCAGACUUGAAGGCAGUGAUAAAGUCUCCACUAGAAGAAGAAAUGUCACACAAUUUUAUUGUACAUCUUCUGGGCAAGGCUGAAGAUCAUUACAUGACGUUAACUGCGAGCUUCUUGCUUAAGAUAUUGCCUUUGGGUACCCGUGUAACAUACGCCACCCUGCAGCGCUGUCUAAACGAUGUUGCUGAAGAUGCCGAAAGGGUCCUGACCAAAGCUUUCGAGGUAGAAGAGAAAAACUAAAUGUAACCCCAUCAAAAGUUGGGUACUGCCCAGGCAAAGAGAUCAGAUGCCGAAGGCCCCAUCCACUGGAGAAAAGGCAGCAUCUCAAACCGGAUACCACUAUGGAAAACGUAUUGGAUUUGAGGCACAUGCAGUGCGUGUGAACUCUUUGACUACAGCACUCACGCUUUCUGUUCAAGCAGCAGGAACGUAGGAAUACAUACAGGACCCGUCUGUCAGUCAUACAGGACCGCUGGGUCCAUCAGCUCCAGUAUCCCGUAUAAGCAGGGAUGCAAAUUGAGUGCUACUAGAGCACAAACAUACCAGGAGGGGGGUUUCUGCUUUCUUACACUGUGCUCUGUUUUCUAUUCCCUUCUUUGUGGCUUCUCCUCUUGAUUAGCAAGGGGAGUGGCAGGUGGUCCCAAACACGGGUGGGAUUCUGAACAUGGGGGAUGUUACUAAUCUAGGCCAGUUCCCCUGGAGUGGUGGUGUACGAAAUGCCGAAGUGGACAGAGGGUGCAUGGCAAGAAAUAGGGGUUGAUGGUGGAGGUGAACUGGCAUCUGGGAGCUGGAUGGGCAGAUCAAUAAUCGGGAGUGAUCAUCUGUAGAGCCUGUGGUGCAUUAAGGACUCCAUUGGAAUUGUAAGCUAUCACUUUAAGAGCGGGUGGGGGGUACCGCUGUCCUGCUUGCAGCUAAGGGGCUCUGUAUUAAAGUGUGAGAGAACAGUCAGUUUGCAGACAGCCAGUUUAAAGCAAGGUUGGAUGUGCUGUGCCUGCUUGUUUAAGGCAGCCUGAUUCCUGGGUUCCUGUGUGUUCUGAGAUUGAAGAAACAAAGUUACGCCGAUUUUCUUUAUCUAACUUCUCUCUGUGUGUGCUGUGAACACAACAGAGCCCAGGGCUUGAGAUGUUUGCUUGGUGCUCAGAGGACACUGAAGGCUAACGUCCUGUUUUCUAGCUCAGGUUCAAUGCCAGCUCAUGUUCUCAUCAUUGAAAUCAGGACUGUUAGGGUAUGCCUGUGACAGUCUGAAUCCGUACGUUCUCCAUUUUUACAAACCUAUGAUAAAUUUAGUACAAAGUCUGCCUUGUGAGGGAUCAUCUGAAAACUCAUAAUCUGCUGAUUAUUAUUGUCCCGGUGAAAUAUGUGUGGCAACACUGUAUGUGAAAUUAUAAGAUUCUACUAUAUGACAAUACUUAUUUCAAGUUUAGAAAAGGAGGCAGAAAUCAGUUCUUCAGAGACAAAGACAAACUGACGCCUCAACCAGUUGUCAACUAAACCAAAUAAACUAUCACCUGGCUAAGCAGCCCUUCUUUGGAAGGAAGGAGAGAGCGAUUGAAAUCUACAUGUGAGAAAGGACUCAGAUAUCCGGGCUCCCAGAGCCCAGCUGGAAAUGACUCUUGGACAAGAGAGAGGGCUAUAAAGGGACACAGCAAUGGCCCCAAGUGACCUCUCUCCCCUCACCUCUACUCACGGCAUCAACAAUGUAUGAAAGACAAAGGAAACAUCCUUGAACUGGGGGAGAGGUCCUGCCUGAGGGAACUCAGCCAGCCUGCUGUAUGCACAUGGUGAGAGAGACCUUUUUGCUUUAAAUUCACUUAGCUCAUUAAGUGAGGUAUUAGCCUGUGUUUUACCUUUUAUUUCUUUGUAACCAAUUCUGACUUUUAUGCCCCAUUACUUGUAGUCCCUUAAAAUCUUCCUUUCUGUAGUUAAUAAACUUAUUGUGCUGUUU